UCCGUCAGCUCUCUCUUGUCCACUAUGGAAUAGUUACCAGUCCAUAUGAAUCAACGCCAUGGCAGCUCGCUCAGCUCAGUUUAUGAAUAGAAUGGGUCAAUUUCCUGGUCCAAAAAAAUUCAAACAGUAUAUUAUUUGCCAUAUUAUUCUAGGCGUAGUACUCUUUCUGGUAUACUAUAGAGUAAAUGGCGGCAUAAUACCUUUUUUUCUUCACAACCGGUUACCAGUUCUGAAGAAAGGUCCAGGGACUCCAACAUUGUAUUAUUUCACCAGUGCAGAUAAUGAUGGUGUCAAUAUUAAAUGGUUUCAUGGAGCUAACAGCAGGCAAGCAUUACGCAAGGCAAUGAAAGGUGACACACAAAUGGUUGAAGCAGAUGUGAUGCUUCAGGGCCAAGGAACAGAUAAACAGAGUUUAGAACCAAUAAUGGCUAAGUUACCUGAUACUAGUAGUGAUAUUACACUGGAGGAAUGGUUAACAUUAUUUGUUACUACCAAAAAGAAAGGAUUAAAGUUAGACUUUCAGUCAACAGAUGCUGUAGAAAUUACUUUGGAGAAACUGAAGGCAGUAAAACACAAACUACAAGUUCCAGUGUGGUUACAUGCAAAUAUUAUAAAAGGUCCUCUAGGCCAUGAACCUAAAGUUGAUGGUAUCCGAUUCAUCAAACAUAUCCAAAGAUUGUUUCCUGAAUGUACACUUUCAUUAGGAUGGACAACAGGAACUCAUACAGACUUAAGUCAGAUAGGAUAUACAUGGAAUAUGACCCUUGACAUGUAUCACUUUGUGCAUGCACACGAGAUUGAACCUCCCAUUGUAUUUACAGUUAGAGCUUCAUUGAUAAGGAACUCUGUACCUCAGUUAAAAUGGCUGACAGACAACACUAGGGGUUCUAUAUUGGUCUUACAACCAGAGGAGGACAAACAACAUGUGAAUAAGGAGCUCAUGCAUAUAGCUUAUAGGUUUGAUCCAGCAACAUCUUUCUGGGAUAUCAGUAACCCAGAUCUGGAUGAAUACCUCACUAAGAAUCGCCAUCUAUCCAAAGACGAGUUAGAUCCGUUAGUUCACAUGAGAGACAAUGUUGCUUUCAGACCCAUGCAAUGGUUAAAAAUGGGACUUCAUGUUCAGCAGCAUUCAGUACUAGGUAGUGAAGAGGCCCUAGUUCUUACUAGUAAAGCUGUUUUUGUUUUAACUAAAGGUAAAUUUCGUCCAUCACCUCACAAUAUCUUGCACGGACGAGUUACGUUUAUAAAUAGAAAGAAUAGACCAGUUGAACCAGGAGAAACAGGACUUAAUAUAGUGGUACGAUCUUCAAAAUAUAAUGAUUUUGAACAUAUUAAUGGUAUAUUUUGUUUCCUAGGCAUGGAUGGACAAAUGAAAGUUGAAAGUCGUGGAAUAAAUCCUCCAAUAAAAAAAGGUCAUCAGAGAUUUUCUCUGAGUUCAACAGAUUGUUAUGGAUUCAGUGUUUCAGAUGCAGGUCAUGAAAUUAUAUUUACUGUUGAUAUCCUUAAUGAUUGUGAAACUUUCCAGAGUGUCAAGCGUGAACGAGGAAAACAUGCUAUUUUAAGGGUUCCUGUCCCAAGAGAUAUUGGUGAUGAGAUGCAUCCAUUUAUUGUUAAAUUAGAAGAUAGUAAUAGAUAUGCUGUUAUUGAUGAAUUGCAUGUUGAAUAUAAUCCAAAACGUGAACCAGUGAAUGUUAAAAUGAGUUGAAGUAAUUGUCUUGUAGAUAUUUGUUUUUUGUCGAGCCUUCGACUUUUGUCGAAAAAGCGAGACAUAGCGACCCUACAUUCCGUCGGCGUCGUUGUUGUCGUCGGCGGCGUCCACAAAUAUUCACUCUGUGGUUAAAGUUUUUGAAAUUUUAAUAACUUUCUUAAACUAUCCUGGAUUUCUACCAAACUUGGACAGAAGUUUGUUUAUGAUCAUAAGAUUAUAUUCAAAAGUAAAUUUUGUAAAAAAAAAAUUCCAUUUUUUCCGUGUUUUACUUAUAAAUGGACUUAGUUUUUCUACCAGGAAACAUUACAUUCACUCUGUGGUUAAAGUUUUUGAAAUUUUAAUAACUUUCUUAAACUAUCCUGGAUUUCUACCAAACUUGGAAAGAAGUUUGUUUACGAUCAUAAGAUAUAGUAUCCAGAAGUAAAUUUUGUUAAAAAAAAAUUCCAUUUUUUCAGUAUUUUACUUAUAAAUGGACUUAGUUUUUCUGCCAGUUAACAUUACAUUCACUCUGUGGUUAAAGUUUUUAAAAUUUUAACAACUUUCUUAAACUAUCCUGGAUUUCUACCAAACUUGGAAAGAAGCUUGUUUAUGAUCAUAAGAUAGUAUCCAGAAGUAAAUUUUGUAAAAAAAAAAUUCCAUUUUUUCCGUAUUUUACUUAUAAAUGGACUUAGUUUUUCUGCCAGUUAACAUUACAUUCACUCUGUGGUUAAAGUUUUUAAAAUUUUAAUAACUUUCUUAAACUAUCCUGGAUUUGUACCAAACUUGGACAGAAUCUUGUUUAUGAUCAAAAGCUAGUAUCUAGAAGUAAAUUUUGAUAAAAAUUUGUUCAAUUUUUUCCGUAUUUUACUUAUAAAUGGACUUAGUUUUUCUUCCAGUCAACAUUACAUACAGUCUGCAGUUUAAGUUUUUAAAACAUUUAUUAGAUUCAUAAAUUAUCCUGGAUUUUUACCAAACUUGGACAGAAGCUACUUACAAUCAAAAGAUAGUAUAGAGAGGAAUAUUUUUAUUAAUUUUUUUCCUCAUUUUUGUUGAGCCUGCGAUUAACAGCAAAAGUAGGCGAGACACUGGGUUCCGCGGAACCCUUACGAAUUUUUUUAUAAAUUUUUUAAUAAAGUAUUUUGUUUCUUUUGAAUUUAUUCCAUCUAGUUUAGAACUUAGUUGAAGUUGAAAAUUAUUUCCAUUUUACUACCUAUAAAAAAACUUGUGUUUGACAAUCGUUUUGAAAUUUUAGAAGAUCCCUGCUCUUGGAAAUGACUGAUAUAGAUGUAUCAAAUUUUGAAUCUUUGGUUUUAAUUGGAUUACAAUAUUGCACAUUUGUGCAUACCUUUAGAUAUCAAUUUUCUAUAUCUCUUAAAUUGAAAUAUAGUGUGCUGUUUUUUUUUUUAUUGUUGUAUAACUUCUCAUGUAUGUUUUAUUCAGAAAAAAUUAAGGUAUUAUUUAUUCCUUAGUAAAAAGAUUGUCAUAUGACAGUCAAUGUUAAUUUGUUAUUCAGUAGCAAAAGAAUAUGCCCUCAGGUUAAGGGGCAAGAGCAAAAUUUCUUGAACUUCACUCCAAGUUCCUGUUUUUUUUUAAAUACUCUAGCUUAUGAAACAUGAAUAUCAUGCUCUGUUUUAUUUAUAAAAAGCAUUCAUACUGAGAUUCAGAAUUUAGCAAACAAUACAAAAGUGCCAUAUUUUAUUGAAAAUAGUAUAUCUACAACUACAGAAUACUUUUUAACUUCUAUAUGUUGAAAGUUAUAAGAUAUGAAUCCAGUGAAGGCUUCUAAUGGAAUUCAGUGGGGCUGGUGCUGAUACCUAUUUCUCAUUUUUAUCAAAAUUCAACAAUAAAAUAAAUGGGAAAUCAGACUUACGGUAAACUGUGUUUUGAAGAAAAAAAAAUUGAAUUAAACACUUUUUGUAAGUUAUCUGUAUCAUGUGUGCUGAGUUUUUCCCAAAAUUUUAAGUAUUGAAUUUUUACACCACAAUAUUAGUCAUUUCCACAGUAGAAGUGUAGAAGUAGUUUUAUAUAUAUUCAUUAUAAUUUUUUUUAUUUUUGAAAACUUAGUGAAAUGUUUUUGUUCACUUAACGUACACUACAUGUAAUUGGAAUUGUUUUGUUUCUACAAGGCUUAGUUUUAAUUAUGAUUUAAGGCACAAGUUUGAUCCAGCUUGUAUGCACUUGUACAUUUCUUCAUGUAGACUUUCAUUGUUGUAAACUUCCUUAUAAAGUGCAUCUACUAACAACUGAUUUAUGUGUGUGAUUUAUUAUCCAACCUUGUUUUUAUACGCCCGUUUAGGGGACGUAUUAUGGUAUACCAUUGUCCGUCUGUCCGUCCGUCCGUCCGUCUGUCUGUCCGUCCGUCGUCAACAUGUCGGACAUUAACUCAAAAACGCUUUAACCAAUUUGCAUGAAACUUUGGUGAAUUGUUUAUAUCUAUUGACGUGAGCUCCCUUUCGAUUUUUAUAAAUUUAUGAUUUUACUUUUCCGAGUUACAGGGUUUUAUUCAUAAAAAAAGGGGGGAUUUUCCAGUUUUCGGACAAAAACUCAAAAAUGCUUUCUGCAAUUCUUAUGAAACGUUGGUGAAUUGUUUGUAUGUAUUGAUGUAAAUUCCCUUUAAAAUUUUAUAAAUUUUACAUUUUACAUUUCUGAGUUAUGGGGUUUUAUUCAUUAAAAAAAGGGGUGAUUUUCGAGUUUUCCGACAAUAACUCAAAAAUGCUGUCACCAAUUCUCAUGAAACUUUGGUGAAUUGUUUAUAUCUAUUGAUGUAAGCUCCCUUUCUAUUUUCAUAAAUUUCUAAUAUGACAUUGAGAAUUAAUUGAACUUUAUUUGUUUAUAGUCUGACAACAGAUUUACUAAGUAUUGCACAACAGCAAGAAAUCUUUAAUUGAAUAUAAAUUCAAUUCAUAUAACAAAUUUCAAGUUCUUUGACUACAUUUAUUCAGAAACCUAUAAUAUGUCAAAUAUUUAAUUACAAUCCAAAUUCAGACCUGAAUCAAGCUUGAAUAUUCUGUCCAUUUUUGCCCCAACUGUUCAGGGUUGGACCUUUGCGGGCAUAUCUAGCUGCGCUCAGCGAAGCAGUUUAUUAUUCAACUUUUGCUCAAUUUGAAAUAUAUUCUGUUUUGGUAAGUAAGCUUGAAUAUGCAUCAUAUGUUGUUAUUCACUAACCAAAGUGCAAUAUAUCAUAUAUCAUAUUCAUGUACCAUAGUUUUAGUGGAAAAUGAACAAGCAUUUACAUUUUUGUUGCUAAAAUAUUAGAUAUGAACAUACCCGUUAGCUAGUCCCCGAUAUUAAAAAAAGGUCACAUUGCUUAUUAUCCUAGUACUUCUUCUGACAUACUGGUAAUCCUUUUUUACAUAGGAUCAUCAGAACUGGUGUAGUAGUUAUAAUACUGUGUCUGCUGAAAUUUAGAAAUUCAGAAAUUUGUCCUGGUGUUGAAAGUAUGGGAAACAAACAAUUUAUUUAUUUUGUAACUUAAUAUUUUUGAUUCCAUAGAAUAGAGAUGGACAUUGGAUCAUUAUAUAUACCAACUUGAACAAAAGGAGGGAUGCAGUUAGAGCUGAUUUAUAUACCAUGUCUCAGUGAUAUCACUAGCUUGUUGUAAUUUACAUAUUUCACAAAAAAAGUUAGUUUAGGCAUGAUAGUAUAUACUUUUGAAGAAAUUGAAAUCUUUUGGUGCAGGAUUUCUUUUAUAUGAAUUAUAAAGAGCAGUUUUCGAAACUAGGCAAUUUUUGCUCUUGCAUAGUUUUUGGUUUUUUUUACCCCACAGCUAAACUGAAAGGAAGUAUUUUAAAGUAGCUAGUAAUUAUCUGAAAGGUGAAAUUAAGCAGAUUAAUUCUAUAAUUAAGGGUCAAACAUUUGACUGAUCAUACCCUAUUUUAAUCAUGAUGUAAGGCAUAAUGACAGUGUAAAUAUAUGCAUUGUGUUAUCAUAAUUUGGACAUUGAUGUUAUGUUGUUUUUUUUUAAGAAUGUUGGAUCAUUUUGAAAUAGUUGUGAUGCCACAGAUAAUUAUGCCAUAUUUGUUACUUGGACUUGGACUUUGGAAUCAGCAAUAUUGUGAAAAUGUUUACAACCAUCAAGAAAAUGUGUACAUUUUAUUCGAAUUUAGAUUUGUUAAAUAUAAUUUACAUAGGAAGGUUGCUCUUUUGUUGAUAUUGUAUUAAAUAGAGGUUUUUGGAUAGAUCUUUUGGGUGUCUUUGUAUGCCUGUAUUAAAUGCUUAUGAUAUAGACUAUUACUGUGUUUAAGACAUGGCUAUUUAUGUUAUGAUGAUUUAUGUUACACUUAUUCUAGACUGUUUAUUAGAUUUAUGAUUAUAUGUAAGAUGUCCUUUUAUUCAUUAUAUGUACACAUUUAGAUUUAGAAUUUUCUAUUUUUGUUUGUUUUUACACCAGUGUUUAUCCAUGAAAUGGACAUAUUUGUUUUCUUGGAAUAACUGCUUUAUUAUUCAUGUAAUUAUAUCAGACAUAUCAUCUAUGCAUUGUAUAACAAUUCUCUAUACUAUACAUUCCUUUUAUAUACAAUUUGAGUAUUUAUUUUUACAAAUAAAUAAUAAUUUUCAAUCUUU